AUGGAAAGGCGGCUUUUACGAGAGACUGAUCGGAGUGGUGAAAUCGUGCUUACAAAGGGCCCUGUACAGAAAAGGAGUUUCGUUUAUGGACUCAAUACCAUCGUCGCUGAAGCCGAGAACAUCAUCAAUAACAGGCCACUAACAUAUGUCAACGAAGAUAACGCCGACAUCGCGCUCACCCCUGCCAUACUCUUAUACGGCAGAGCUAUUACAAUGGCUCCUCCUUUGAACAAGUUCGUCGACGUACCUUUCAAUGAGAACGUCGAAUUGAGGGAGAACUAUGCAAGACUGUGUGAGACGAUAAGAAAGUUUGAGAAAUUGUGGCUACUUGACUAUUUGACUUCUCUUAGAGAGAGGCACAGAAACACCGAGUCUUCAAACAUCUGUCCAUUAAGCAUAGGAGAUUUGGUCCUUAUAGUAAAUGGUAAUUGUAAAAGACACAAGUACCCUUUGGGAAUCAUCGAGAAACUCCACGCAGGUCCUGAUAAUGUUAUAAGGACAGUCGAGAUAAAAACAGCAAGUGGAAAUUUUACGAGACCAUUGAAUCAUGUCAUUCCACUCGAAUGUAAUGUCAGAGAGGAAUCAACAACAGAAAGCGGACAGAAUGAAGUAGGCGAGACCAGCGAGGCCUCAAACGAGGCUAGUCAUAUAAACAUGACAACAAAGAAGACGAUGGAGAGGGCCGAAAUCAAGGACGUAAGAGACGGCCUAGAGAGUGUUGCGGAGGAUGCCCCUACGACCACAACAGGUUCCCCGCCUCUACAAGUGAUGUCUGAUCGUCGGCCCAUGAGAAGAACUGCUGCUAAGGCCGACGAGCAAAGAAAACAGUUGAUUCGCGAAGAAGCGUUAUAA